ACUUGCCAGAGAUUUACAAAGAUAGCCUUUCGGCGACCUUCAGCCUCUUCCUUCAUUUCUUCUUUCUGCUCGGCUCGUCAGUUCCGGAUUUGAAUGUCCCAUUUGCCUUACGGAGCAGGUUACGCCCCAACACAACAUUCGCCGCAGCCGGCAUCCGAUCCACGACAAUAUUCUCAAUAUCAGCAACAUCAGAACUACGCGCAGAGUAGUUACGCCCAUCCCCAGAAUCCGCUACCGCACCCGCAACAGUACCAACAGUUUUCUGGCCACCAAUACUCACCUCAGACACACCCGCAACAGCAGCCUCAGUACUCUCCUCAACAAUACUCUCCACAGCAGCAGUAUCCUGUCUAUCCACAAACUGCUCCCCAACAACAGCCGUACGGUCAGCCCCAGAACGUCUCUUAUCAGGGAUACUCUGGUCAAGCCCCGGGACGGCCUCGGUCGGCCCUCGGCCACACGCACUCAUACUCCGUUCCAGCAGCUCCAGGAUAUGUGAAUCCCCCUCCUCUUUCGCCAUCAGCUCAUCAAGCUGCUCUUGCUCGUGGGCAGCCGCUUCCCAUACAGCCACAAACGCACGCUCGAGGUCGUCCAUUGCCCCAGCGCAGCGAAACUCUACCUCCCCCGAACGGCUUGCCGCCUCAACAACAGCGUGCUCCGAGUCGAUCACCGUCGAGAUCGCGUCCACUUCCAACGCCAACGCCACCGACGAUCCCGCGCAGCCCGGCUAAGCACCACUCGCUGGAUCUUGGGCGUCCCCUCCCUUCCACGCAGCAGAACAAGCGCGUUUCUGAUGAUCCCAAGCCUGUUUCGCCGGUAACAGUAGCUGCACCUGAAACUGCCUCUCAAAUCAGACGCCGAGCGUCGCCGCCGCGUUUCACCGGUGGAUCUGGCUCCUGGACUGAGACAUCGCCUCAGCCACCUCCUCCGGAGCCAAGCUACCAAGUCUCGACUGCUAACAGCCAGUAUAAGGACUACCUUUCGGGCGGUUCUUCAACCGAGUCAGGCAAAUUUGUCCCGGUCUGGAAACGUAGCAUCGUGACAAAUAUAGAAAGUCCGUCACAGGUUAGCAGUCGACCUUUGCCCUCUGCUCCUGAAAGGACUGCGCCGUCCUCUGGGCUGAAGCGCGGGGGCUCCCUGCAUGUUCGAUCACCAGCAGCUACGAAGGCGACGGUCUCGCCCGAGCAUUCGGAGGAGGAGCCGGAGCCUCCCACGUCAGAGAGUGAGUCAGACGACGAACCAGUGACGAGCCCAGUGGCGUCGGCUGCAGGGAUUCGAGAUUUGCCACGGCCUCCAUCGAUGGACGCACGCGCUUCCACAUCUGCUUUGCCCCAGCCUCCUGAGAUUCGUAACUCGGCGUUCAAUGCGAGAAGCGCCCCGGGAAACACGGAGGCCGGAGCCGGGAGUAGAACGAUGAUGUUCGCUGCUGCGUCUUUGAAAAAGGCGUCUCCGAGCACGUGGCCCACCGGGCUUCCCCCAUUGCCGAGAACGCCUGGACCGCGACGGGAGAUCGGCGAUUUGGAGGAUUCGCCACCGAUCUCCACCAUGCGCAAAUCCCCAGCCCCGAGGGCUUCUCCUCUAGCUUCUGCGACACCCACUCCGGAACCCCCCACUGUUCCCAGCGUCUCUAUUGCUUCUUCGCCGAAUGUCCCGACCAUCAACUUGCCGGACGACGAAGAUCAAGGACCCACGAUCACCAUAGACGGUCCCGAUAUCACGGUCCGCGGCCCUGACGCUCCACAGGUCCCUCCACUGGCAAUUGUCCUCGACCCGGCAGAAUCCGGGCCGGAUCGACCCAGCCAUCGGGCACUUCCUGCAAAACCAAUGACAGAACGUCAAAAGCGGGGCCUUGCCUGCGGGCUUUGUGAGCGGCCCGUUCUGGGCCGGGUGGUCAGAGCUAUGGGACUGGGAUGGCAUCCCGAGUGCUUCCGAUGCACGGUUUGUAAUGAACUUCUCGAACACGCGAGCCUGUAUGAGAAGGACGGGAGGUUGUAUUGCCAUCUGGACUAUCAUGAGCAAUUUGCGCCCCGAUGCUAUAGUUGCAAGACUGCCAUCGUGGCAGAGCGAUUCAUCUCUCUGGAUGACCCAGAACUCGGGAAACGGACCUACCACGAGCAGCACUUUUUCUGUUCAGAGUGUGGAGAUCCGUUCCUGCCUCCGUCGUUGCCUGCAACUCAGGGCGAGAUCGCCUUUUCUGGAGACGGCUCCUUCGUUUCGGACGACGUCGGAUUCACGGUGUAUCGUGGCUACCCAUAUUGCGAGGCGUGCCAUGUCAGGCUGAGGUUGCCCAAGUGCAAGAAAUGCAAGAAGAGUAUCCGGGACCAUGAGGAUGCUCUCGAGGCGCUGGGUGGGAAAUGGUGUUACAAUUGUUUCUGUUGCACGGGAUGCGAGAAGCCGUUCGAGGAUCCCUCUUUCUUUGAGAGAGAUGGCAAGCCUUGGUGCGAAUCCUGUUUCACUCUGAUGCUGCGCAACGAUGUCUGAGGAGGCUUGAAAUCACUUUACGAAACUAUAUACUUCCAACGUUGUUGUACACCACUACAUGUAGCCAUUAUCAUAUUUUCGAUGCUUGUAUCUGUUUAGGAAGCGAGGUAGCCAUCAGCGCAACCUUGCGGUCAACGACCAUGUCCGACCGGAAACAACGAAGUCGCAAGGAUUACGCUUACUUUCAAUCGCACCGUAUACGAUGGAGCGACAACGACCAGUACUCGCACGUCAACAACACCGUGUAUUAUCUCUGGUUCGACUCCAUCAUCAACACGUAUCUGAUCGACGAGUGCGGGCAGCUGCCAGAUGCGUCUCCCAUGAUCGGCCUCGUCGUGUCUUCGUACUGCGAGUACUUCGCGCCCGUGUCCUUCCCUGGAACCGUGGAUCUCGGAUUGCGUGUGACGAAACUCGGGAACUCCUCAGUCACUUAUGAAGUGGGGGUGUUCGCUGCGGGCUCAGAGAAGGUGGCUGCAGUCGGGGGUUUCACCCAUGUAUUUGUUGAGCGCGUCCAGAGAAAGAGCGGGCCGAUGGGAAGUCGGACGAGGGAAGGCCUCGCAAAGAUUCUAGCAGUAGAAACAGCUCCAGUUGCGAAGUUGUAGUGCGCAUGAAACUACUUGAACAACGGUGCGACCACUUGUGACAAUGAUCGCGUAAGGUCACGUAUCAUGUCAUGACGGUCACCUGUGACUGUACGCGCCGCUCCUCUUCCCGCCCCAGCCAUGGGUAUCAAAGGUCUCACCGGUCUGCUCUCCGAGCAUGCGCCAGCCGCAAUCAAGGAACACGAGAUAAAAACUCUCUUCGGACGCAAAGUCGCUAUCGACGCCUCCAUGUCCAUCUACCAGUUCCUCAUCGCCGUGCGCCAGAAGGACGGCGAGAUGCUGACGAACGACGCGGGCGAGACGACGAGUCAUCUCAUGGGAUUCUUCUACCGCACCAUCCGCAUAGUCGAGAAUGGCAUCAAGCCGGCGUAUGUGUUUGAUGGCAAGCCGCCGGACUUGAAGAAAGGUGUUCUGGCCAAGCGAUACGAAAAGCGCGAAGAGGCGAAAGAGGAUGGAGAAGAGGCCAAGGAAGUCGGCACGACGGAGGACAUGGACAGGUUCUCUCGGCGAACGGUCAAAGUGACGCGCGAGCAUAACGAGGAGUGCCGGAGGUUACUCAAGCUCAUGGGAAUCCCAGUGAUCGUAGCGCCGUCUGAAGCUGAAGCACAAUGCGCAGAAUUGGCUCGUGGCGGCAAGGUUUACGCUGCCGGCUCAGAGGAUAUGGACACCCUCACAUUUUCUGCACCCAUUCUGUUCCGGCACCUCACUUUUUCGGAGGCCAAGAAGCAGCCUAUCAGCGAAAUCAAUCUCAAGGCAGCGCUGGAGGGUCUCGAGAUGAACAUGAGCCAGUUCACGGACCUGUGCAUCCUUCUGGGCUGUGACUACCUAGAACCUAUCAAGGGCGUCGGCCCCAAAUCAGCCCUGAAGCUCAUUCGUGAACACGGAGGAUUGAAGGGUGUGGUGAAGCAUCUCCGGGCUAAAGCCGCAGAGAAGGCUGCCGUGGUCGAGUCGUCGGAAGACGAAGAAGAGCCGCCCGCGCCGACUUCUGACGUCGAGAAAGACUCGGACGAGGAGGCGGAGGAGGCGCCGAAGCCGAAGCCGAAGAAGAAAGGGAAGGGAAGGGAAAGGGCGGGAUCGGACGAAGUCGAGUUAGAGUGGAAGAACCCAGAUGUGGAUGGAUUGAUCCAGUUCCUGGUUGUUGAGAAGGGGUUCAAUGAGGAACGAGUGCGCAAGGGUGCCGAGAAACUGGCAAAAUUCCUGAACAGCAAACAGCAAGGUCGUCUGGACGGCUUCUUCACCGUCCAAUCGAAGGAGAAAAAGCCUGCACCCGCCAAGGCAGAGACGAAGAAGGGAACAAAACGCAAAGGAGAUGCGAAGGGGGAGACUAGCUCCAAUAAAAAGUCCAAGACGAAAAAGUAGUAGCUGGCCUUGUCCUCUGUGUAUACGAUGUACGUUAUCUACGCUUAUACAUUCUUUGUACUGGUAGUUCUUUUUGGCCUUUACUACACCGUUCAAACGACAUGGAAUUGCUUGGAUACAUAUUGAUAUAUAUUCAUCUCGAGUUGUCUUCUCUAGCUCUGCAACAGAAUGGCCCAGUUGAUAUCCUGCACCGCGCCCAAGACGUCCGUCAUCAAGUCCGCCCGCGUGACUGGCACAUUGGGCUCGUAGACGGACGCCGGCGUCCGGACCGGCUGCCCGUUGCGGUCUUGUUGGAAUUUGGCCACGUCCAACAACGGGGGCCACGACAGAUCCACGGUGGCGGCGGCGGUCGACUGUUUGUUGUAGAGCGGGAUGAGUGUAUUAAGCUGGGUACGGAUGUAGCCCGGGACGCUGUUGACGAUCUGGAAGAUCCACGUGUUGUACAGCGAGACAACAUUCACGUUCCCUUUGUUGGGCGCGUCCACGUUGGGAUCGUUCUGCGCGAGAACUGCUCAGAUCGAUGUACAACGAAGCAGGGGACACACACCUGAUAGGCCGUUGCCCACGUGCCCCACAGAUUCCUCACGCACUUGUUCAUCCCGAUGAAGAUAGUGCUGACUUCGUACUGGUUCAGGAACGACGGGAUGCCUGCAGCGGCUCUGAGGACCGCAAUCUGCUUCUGCGGGCAGUACUUCUUGAAGGAUGUGGUGCCCCGCAACGAGCCCGGCGUCUUCCCGAUGAACUGGAACGCCUUGGCCUUGAAAGCGAUGUGCUUCAUCACGUUCGCGUUCUGCUCUAGGAUGACCAUCGGCGUCCGCUGCUGAUUGCUCGGGUAGCACGUCCCAAGCAUGUUGAAGAGAGAGACGUCGUUCCAUUCCGGGGGAUUGUAGUCCGGGACGUCGAUGAGAUUGUCCUGGACCCAGACACAAAAGUCCUCGUCCUCGGCUGCGUUCUCCCACAGAUCAGUCUGCAACUCCAAAUAGUCGAU